AUGACUGAAACUGUGCCCGCUCCGUUUAAGUUAGUGAUCACAUUCUUCAGUUGGGGCAGUCCGGAACAGCCGAUCAUUUUCGACUGUCUCGAUGACUCGAUGUUAGGGAAAUUAAAGGAAACAUUUAUCACCACGGACUUUUUUCUCUUCGGAUCAUCUGACUUCAGUAUUAUGGGUCGGUUAACCGAUGAGAUUAAUAGUAGUCCGGAAGUCCGUGACACGAGGUUUAAAUACUAUCUGAGCAGCUGGUCCCGAAGGACUCGUGGGGAUACUUUUUGCCUAGUCUUGAAACGCGGAAUAAUUGAAACGGUAGCUGAGUAUAGAAUCAGGAACGGUCUUGCACCGAUUAAUAUCUUUGGAAUGGAAACUCCUACAGCUUCUACCAUGUCGGAUUCUGGCGAUGAUGGUUCCCAAUAG